AUGUUGAUUUUGGUCAUCUUGUUGUUUGCGCUUGCAAAUGGUUGUAAUAUUCGACCAAAAUGUGAGGACGGAUGGAUUCAAAUUCAAAGACAACUUGGUGUAUGGUGCGCAAAAAUUGUUCAUCAAUCAGAUUACUGGUCAAAGUGUAGAAAUAAAGGAGGAAGACGAUCAUCAAUUGAGAGUUUGGAUGAAAUGAACAUCUAUUUGAAUGAGUUGAAAAGCAUGGGUGAAAGCUAUGCUUACCUCAAUAUGAGCAUAGUUCCAGAAUGUUGGUGUGGGUCUAGUACUUGUCCGGUAACCGAAACGUGUCCAAUUCCAUCGAUGUGGCAGUGGAACGAUAAAUUCACAGUGAGCAACGAAUUGAUGAGCAGAGUUGAACCGUAUUACAACAACAGCUAUGGCGUAUAUAACAUGCUUCUUACUACGGAAAAUGAAUUGGGUCUUACCGAUAGGAGGGGCAUCGUCGUAAAUACCUCAUUAUGUGGCAAGGAGGGCAUUUCAUAA